UCAAAGUAACAACACAAGGAAGAACAAACCCGAAUUGGCAAACUUAUAUAUAAUACGAACAUAUUUUAACGUAUUUCUAUAUCAGAUCAAAAAUUAAGCAUACAAGUAGUAUUGCAAUCAUAUUGAUUCAAUUGUGCAAGUGAACAAAAUUGUAUUAUCCAAAUAGUGGAAGUAAUGGCUGCCAAAGGCGCCGUACCUGUGUUGCUGUUGGCCACAGUGCUGAGCGCUGUCCAAGCCUUUGAUCACACACUUCGACGAGACUUUCCGGGACCAUACUGUGCUCAACAAAACACGUGCUGCCAAAGCCGCCACGAUGGCUGUUCGCUGCCAAUUUCAAAUACCCUUUGCUAUUGCGACGAGUUCUGCGACCGCAACGACUCCGGGGAUUGCUGUCCCGACUACCGAUCCUUUUGCUUUGGCGAGGCUGAUCCACUGCUAAGCUGCGAGCACAACGGCGUCUACUUUCACAAAUUCAACAACACGUGGGACAACUGCAAUGAGUGUCGGUGUCUGGACGGCGGCGUAGUGCAGUGUGAUCAGGAUCUGUGUCUCACGGACGACGAGAUCAUUCAUAGCGUGAACUCGAUAAAUGAGCUGGGCUGGUCGGCACGCAAGUAUGACAAAUGGUGGGGCCACAAAUACAGCGAAGGUCUGCGCCUGCGCCUAGGCACCAAGGAACCCACCUUCCGCACUAAGGCUAUGACGCGGAUGAAGAAUUCGGCUGAUGGUUUGCCGCGCAGAUUCAAUGCAGUGGAGCAGUGGCCCAGUUAUAUUUCGGAAGUGCCGGAUCAGGGCUGGUGCGGCUCCUCAUGGGUGUUGUCCACCACCUCGGUGGCGUCUGAUCGCUUUGCUAUACAGAGUCAGGGCAAGGAGGUGGUUAAUCUUUCGCCGCAGCACAUCCUCUCCUGCACUCGCCGUCAGCAGGGCUGUGAUGGCGGUCACUUGGAUGCCGCCUGGCGCUUCCUGCACAAGUCAGGUGUCCUUGACGAAACCUGCUAUCCAUAUGUGCAGCGUCGCGAAAAGUGUAGGGUGCAUCACAGUAGUCGGUCGCUUAAGGCUAACGGCUGCAGUCCCGUGCCUGGCAUUGAUCGCGACAACUUCUAUACUGUGGGACCGGCUUACAUCCUGAACCGCGAGGCCGACAUCAUGGCCGAGAUCUAUCACUCGGGUCCUGUGCAAGCCACUAUGCGCAUUUACAGGGACUUUUUCUCCUACUCGGGUGGAGUUUAUCGAAAGACAGCAGCCAAUAGGGGCGCACCCACUGGCUUCCAUUCCGUCAAGCUUGUGGGCUGGGGAGAGGAACACAACGGCGUCAAGUAUUGGAUCGCAGCAAAUUCGUGGGGACCUUGGUGGGGAGAGCGCGGUUACUUCCGUAUACUACGAGGCACCAACGAGUGUGACAUCGAGGACUACGUCCUGGCAUCUUGGCCAUUGGUGUACAACUACUUCAAGGCCAAGCCGGUAGCCUAGAGUGCAAGCCUAUAGAGCUAAAGUUAUGCUGCAGUAACAAAGUUAUCUCAUUCUUCAAAAUUUUUCCAUUCUUUUUAAAAUACAAAUCGGCGCGGAGUUGAGCAUAAAGUUAAAGGUAUGCGGAAAUGAAUAAUUUGGUUUUAAUUUAGGAGCCUUCCUCUUAUAUGUAUGUUAGAAAGUUAGAAUAGCUUUAAAAUCGCAUGAAAUCGAAGGAACACAGCUCAACUCCAAGCACGAAUUAUGGCCGUGUAAUACCCCAACCCGGCAAAUAAUACUCUAAAAUUUUGGCUUAAGAUUUUCCCCACUGCUUUGCUGAAUUUAUUCCAAGUGAUUGAUUUAAUUGAACUCGAAACAAUAGUGAAUUAAAAACACGAAACUGCCACAUUAAUACCGCCCCACCCCCCCAAAACUGCCAAAACGAAUACGGUUUGAAAUCUUAUUAGUGAUUUUUUUCAAUUGGAAUGAAGAAAGGUGUCUAAAUGGAGGGUGGAACCUCCGCCUGAAGCUUAAUUGGCAUGUGUAUAUUCUUCACAUCAAAGAAACGACAGUAUAAAUAUAUGUAUUUCAAUAUUUGUAUUCAUUAGUGAGUUCUCAGUGCGAUCCCCGAAUAUUCAAAAACAUAUAUAUCGCGUAUCGCAUAUUGCUAUGAUAAAAUAUUUAUGUAAUUUUAUACAAUAAAACAAAUUUUUGUCUCGUAUACUCAUUUGAAUAAAAAUUAACUGUAAGUAAAACCA